AUGGAUCCAGAACUACUGCGACAAAAAGCGGCGUUUCAAAAGCACGCCUCUCGCACAGUCUCAGUUCAACAACGACCACAACCAUCCACAAGUUCAUCGCACACAACAUAUAGUUCAGAAGUUGCGAAGGCAAAGAAGAAAAAAGCGGGUGGAUCCGGAGGAAAUCAUCAGAAUUUGAAUGCGAUUCCUGAAUUUGACAACUAUGGCGGCUCAGCAAUCUCGAAUGCUACCAAUUUUUCGACAAUGGCCAAGAUUGUGGAUUAUAUGAAGGUAGGGGUUGCUAAUCAAACAAUAUCUAAAUGUUUCUUUAGAAACGUCACCUUAACCAACAACAAUGGCCGCUAAAACUGCAAGAAAUCCUAGACGAGCUUCAAAUCUACGACCUCCCCAAGAGAAGUGAGGCGUUCCUUCGGGAAGCGCUACCCAAUAACCCGCGGCUAAUUAUGGAUAACGAGGGCAAGUUCGCCUUCCGCCCUCCCUAUAAAAUCAAGGGAAAAUCGUCGUUGGUGGCGGUGGCGAAGAAACACCAUCAGGAUGCGAAGGGUGGAAUUUUGAUGAGUGAAUUGGCGGAAUGUGUGGGUGAUGGUGAUGGAUUGUUGCAGGUGGGAAAAUUGUGUAUAAUGCAAGCUUCCGCGCAGCGGCAAAGUUACCAUAACUUCUUUGGAUUAUCUAAAACGUGUGUGUAUCUUUGACGUUUACUCGGAAGGUUCCACUCGCUUCACUCGAGCAAAAUAAUAGUGUAGAAUUUAGUUGGACAUCGACUAAAUGACAUUUUCAUGUUUUUUAAGCAAAUGAGUUGAAAUAUUGGGUUUUGAUGUUAUUCAUAUGAUAGAAUGGUCGUAAGACGAACAGAAUGAUAUAAAUUUUCAUGAAUUUACGUUUUCCAUAAGUGAUUUAGCGACUUAUCGACGAAAUAUCGACUAAACCUAGUUAAAUCACUUAAGGAUAACGUAAACUCAUCAAAAUUUAUAUCAUUCUGUUCGUCUUAGACCAUUCUAUCAUAUGGCGGUCCGCUCACGCGGAAGCUUGCGGUUUACACUCGCUUCGCUCGAGCAAAAUAAUAGUCUAGAAACCCGCCGGAUCUGAAAUUUUCCAUAAAAAUUGGUUUUCCGCCGGAAAAUCGACGUUUUAUGGAAAAUUUCCAGAUUCCGCAUAGGGAAAUCUAUCGCCAAUUUUUCAUUUUGCAGGCAGUCGGAGAUCAAAUAAUCAUCGUUCCAACCCAAAUCAACAAAAAGAAAGAUCGUGUCUUCUUCUACAACGAUCCCGAUUUCUCAUUCGAACUCGAAGAAGAUUUCAAAAAAUUGUGGAGAAAUGUAUCAGUUGAUCAUAUCGAUGAGAAGAAAAUCGAAGAAUAUUUGCAUAAAAAGGGUCUUGACGCGAUGAAAGAUUUGACACCAAAAACACGUGGACCUGUGCAAAUCAAAAGAAAAGCCGCCAAACGACGAUUUAAUGUUAAAGUGCACAAUGAGCAUUUGGAUGGGGUUUUGGAGGAUUAUGAAUAA